CUGCACUACGGGACCCUCCUGGGCAGCAGAGCUUGUGCCCACAUGGCAGCAGCUGCCUGGGGCAGUGGGUUUCUCCAUGCCCUGCUGCACACGGCCAAUACAUUUUCCCUACCCCUCUGCCACGGCAAUGCUGUGGACCAGUUCUUCUGUGAAAUCCCCCAGAUCCUCAAGCUCUCCUGCUCAGACGCCUACCUCAGGGAAGUUGGGCUAACUGUGACUGGUGCCUGUUUAGUCUUUGGGUGUUUUGUUUUCAUUGUGGUGUCCUAUGUGCAGAUCUUCAGGGCUGUGCUGAGGAUCCCCUCUGAGCAGGGACGGCACAAAACCUUUUCCACGUGCCUCCCUCACCUGGCCGUGGUCUCCCUCUUUAUCAGCACCGGCAUGGUGGCCUACCUGAAGCCCCCCUCCAUCUCCUCCCCAUCUCUGGACCUGGUGGUGUCACUUCUGUACUCGGUGGUGCCUCCAUCUCUGCUGUGCUUUUCUGACCGAGUGGCUGUGUAA